UAAUGGCUUUGACCAUGGUGUAUCAUGUAAUGGCUUUGAAGACAGUGCAUAAGAUAUCGGUUUCAAUAGUCCUUAGCAUCCUGAUUGGUUGCAGAUGACCCAAUCAAACCCCGUAUGAAUUGGCAAUAUCUCUCUUUUUUUUGUUUCAACCCAGCUUUGUUAAGGAACUACAUUCCCCUCAAUCAUAGUGAAUGACAGACGCCAGUCCACCUGUUCCGGUAGCAGGUAGCCGGAGGCGAUACACUCUCGGUAUUGUUGCCUUGCUAUUGGUGGUAGUAAUAUGGGUGUCCUCUUCUUUUGUUAUGAAUAGCAUUUUCGGCGAACAAUCUUACAACAAACCAUUCCUCAUCACCUAUGUCAACACGGCUUCCUUUUCUUUCUACCUUUUGCCAUUUUUGCUGAAAAAGAAGCUGUCAAAUAAGAAAACUAAUCAUGUGGAUGAACUUAGUGUUUCAGUACCGAUCGAGCGAGCGCAGUCGACUUCAAUGGUAGCUAAUGAUCAGGAGGCAUUAGGCGAAAGCUCUCUUUUUCUGAGAGCAGACGCCGAAAACAAUCAAGCUCAUGACGAAAUCAAUUACGGUCCUCCUCCAGCUGAUAAAUUAUCGACGAAGGAGACAAUCCAACUCAGCCUUACUUUCUGCAUCGUUUGGUUCUUGGCCAAUUGGUCUACCAAUGCCAGUCUAGCGUACACCACGGUUGGAAGUUCGACCAUUUUAUCGUCAAUGUCCGGUUUGUUCACCUUGGGUAUUGGUGCCAUGUUUGGUAUCGAAAGGAUCAAUGGGUUAAAAAUUGCUGCCGUCUUUGUUAGUUUGAUCGGUGUAUCCCUUGUAUCAUACGCCGAUAAAAACGCAAGCACUCUUCCUAUUGAAUCACCUUCGUCUCCUAGCAAUCCACUUUUAGGUGAUAUCUUGGCUCUACUGGGAGCAUUUUUCUAUGGUUGCUAUACGAUAUUGCUGAAAAUCCGUAUUCAAGAUGAGUCUCGAUUGGACAUGUCACUCUUCUUUGGAUUCGUUGGAGCAUUCAAUGUUGUGCUAUUAUGGCCAUGCUUUGGUAUACUACAUGCUCUCGGCAUCGAGCGACUUGAAUUGCCAAGCACCGCUGCGGUUUGGGGACUUAUAUUUCUGAAUGCCCUCAUUGGAACCUUCUUGUCGGAUUAUUUAUGGCUGUUAGCCAUGCUCAUGACUUCUCCUCUAGUUGUAACUCUUGGAUUGUCGUUGACGAUCCCUGUUGCAUUAACUGGAGAUUUUGUAUUCAAGCAUGUGGUACCCAACCUCCAAUACUGGGCAGGAGCCAUUCUUGUCAUCGCAGGAUUCCUUUCUGUCAACAUGGCUGCUCUUUCAGAAGUAGAUGAGGCAGAAAUACUGGAAGGUCGACAAUUAGUACCUCAAGAAGACCCUCUUGACACUUCAUUAGAAGAUCGACAUAACAUAUACAACCAGAAUAUACCCAAAGGUUCACAAAAUAGCUUAAAUAGCACUGGAAGUUACCACUCAAUGGAUCAGACCGCCCCUCGAUAACCGUACGCCUCGUGACGAUAAAAAGAUUCUAUCGCUAGUAUACUUUUAAUUGCAGUAAUAAUUACUCUCAUCCACUAGUCACCAUUUGCUGGCUAGGUGUAUUUCUAUUUUCACUUAUAAAGUGGUUUGAUCGCUGGCUCGGCUGGAACUUGAGCAAAUGAAUGUUAUGCGGUCUAACACUGAGC